AUGUCGGACAAAUCUAGUGCCGACGAGGUCCUGUCCGCUACCUGGUCCAUACAAAAUCUAAUUCAGUCGGUCAGUUUCAUGAUGGACGAAGUGGAAUGUAAUGUUCUGCUUACGAAAUCACUACCAGACGAGGUCCUCAAAGGCUUAUGCAAAACUAUCAACGAUAUCGAGACAAAGGUCCUUCGUCGUAGAGCAGCACUGUCACUGGCCCAGAACCAUACCACAGCAUGUUACACGGAGGCCGAUACUUCACAAAGGGAGUUGGACGAAAUACUCUUGAUUGGAAGUACUCCAUCACAUACCAGCUUUCAGAGCCAGUCGGCGGCCGACGAGGGUUCCAUUCGAUCCGAGGAUCUCGACACAGAGUACGAAAACAAAGAUAGCCGGGCCCCUGCGGGAGAGAUACAGGGUACAAUUGAUUCCCUCCACGAGAGCAUCAAAGCCAUCCAAUCCGCCGUACUGUCCCGUAUGAAUGCUUCCAUGCCCUCGAAGGAAAGCACAACGAGCAGCAUGGUCUCAUUCUCGAUACUGGAAGAGGAAAUGGAAAUACUAGACGGCCUUCUGAAACAUGUUGUUGGUUCUUAUAAGGCGUCUGACGAUGAGAGUAGUGAUUGGUUGGAGAUAAAACUCGUUGGUCUUCCAACUCUUCUUAGCGCACUCUUCAACAUGGAGAUUCGAGAAGCUGUGGAGGACGGCAGUGAUAUUGAUGAUAAUGUCAUGAUGGAGAUGGUUGUGGCAAAUCAGACAAGAACCAAUAUUCUGCGCAACAUAGAAGCGAUUGCCAAGCGGGUGAAAGACCUUGCGCUGAAGUCUAAGACAAUGCUAGAGGAGUCUGGUAGGUAA